AUGUUUGUAACGUUUUCAACAACAGAUAAAAAACAUAAUCAGUCUUCAUCAUCAAGUCAAUCUAAAGUUAUUGAUAGUCCGACAGAUUUUCAUAGAUUUAGAGACGCUGUUAGGUCAAAAAAUGGUUGUUUAACAUGUAAAAUUCGGAAAAAAAAAUGUAAUGAAGUCAAACCAAUAUGUUCAGAUUGUUUAAGAUUGAAAAAGAAAUGUUUUUGGAUAAAUGAAAAUAUGACAGAUGAAGAAAUAAAACAAUUAAAAGAGAAAGCAUAUCAUGAAGAAAGUUUGAAGAAGUUGAGAAAAAGGAAAAGUAAAAAACCAAAGCCUGUUGAGGUUGUUGAGGUUGUUGAAGUUGUUCAUGAUCCAUUAAAGUUAUUCACAUAUAACUCAGAUGUGCGAUCUACAAAUCAUUCACCAAAUUCACCAAGCAUACAAAAUUUAAUAAAUGAGGAACCACCUUCACCAUCAGGUUAUUUAAAUUUACUACGAGAUUUGAGUCAUACAGAACAAGAGGGGAAAAUUGAAGAAAUUGGAAGUACUGUAUCAACUUCUGAUUUGUUAUGCGAUUUUGAAAACUCAUUAGGUCCUAAUAAAUCGUAUCUAGAUUGGAUAUCAUCAUUAGCUCCAAGUGUACCACAAUCUCCAAUUUAUAUUCCAGAAUUAAAUGAUCCUACUAUAUCAUAUUUAUACAAUUAUUAUGUCGAAGUUUUAUCACAAAAAGUUUCCAUUUCACCGAGUUCACAAAAUGAUUCAAAUUCAUUUCAAAAAAUAUUUUUACCCUUGGCACAUCGAGAUAAGGGUGUAUUUUAUAGUUUAUUAGUAUGGAGUGGUUUUCAUUUAGGAGGAUAUUGGUCAGAUGAAAGUCAAAAAUUCUUUAAUAUAGCAUUAGAUCAUUUAUCAAAAAAUACUUCAAGUGAAAGAAAUGAUAUUAUUAUAAAAUUAGCUACAUUAAUGAUAUUAGUUGGUGCUGAAAUUUGUAAGGGUGAUGUAAAGAAUUGGUCAGUAUAUUUAAAUUGGGGUUGGAAUUUGCUUAGUAAAAAUGGUGGUAUCUUAAAUUUUAAUUCAUCAAAGGAAGAAAAUUGGUUAAUUUCAAAUUUUGCAUAUCAUGAUUUAUUAGCUAGCUCUUCAAUUGAAAGGGGUACAUACUUUCCAUCUGAAGAAUACGAAGUAAUAUUUAAUGAUGAACAAGGGUAUUCAAAAGGUAGUUUAAACCCAUUACUUGGUGUUUCAAAAGUUUUAUACAGAAUUAUUGGUGAUAUAUCAACUUUAUUAUUUGAAAGUAAGAAACUACUAGAUCAGUAUUAUAAUAGAGAUGGAGAUGGAGAUGGAAAUGGAGAUGGAAAUGGAGAUGCAGAUGAAUCUGAUACAGAUUCUGAAAUAAGUGAUCAUGCAUUUUCAAUAAAAUUAUUAAAUUCAAUAAUUUCAAAAGUGGAAAAAUUAGAGACAGAAAUCAACAAUGCAAAACCAGAUAAGAAAGAUUUGAUAAAUUUAACAGAUCAAGAAUUGGAACUACAACUAACUUUAUUUGAAGCAUUUCAGUUAUCAUCAAAAUUAUUCCUAAAACAAUCUAUAAUGAAAUGUAAUCCCUCACAACUAGAAUCACAAAUGAUCAACAACGACCUAAUAAAAUGUUUAGAUAUACUUGUUGGUACCUCAGUUCAAGCAUCGUUAGUAUUUCCAAUUUUCAUGUCAGGUAUACAUUGUGUUACAACAUUUGAUCGUAUAAAAAUGUCGGAGAGAAUUGAUCAAUUUAUAAAAUUAUAUGGUAUGUGGAAUGUCACAAGAGUUAAAUUUGUUAUUGAGAAGAUAUGGAAAGACAAUCCUAAUGGAGAUUCAGUCAUUGAUUGGCAUUCUUCAUUAAAAGAACUUGGUUGGGAUUUAAAUUUUGCAUGA